AGAUUAGUGUACAUUCUGUCUUGUUCUGGAAGCGAUACAGUGAAAUAUGGAUUAACGCCAAUGUCCCCUGUUGAACCGAAUCCGGAUUAAGAUGUGUUGUAUUGUAUGCUGCUAAUUGAAUUGUGCAGUCGUCAUCGAUUCACGCUCAGCAGGGUCCACAAAUCUAGACAAUCCAUCUGCAAGGGUGCUGCUAUUGGUUACCAAAACUUCUACAGUGCCACUGGAAAGUCCACGAUGUCCAGUUAUGUGCUGCGCUAGCGUCUGUUGAGACUAAAUUAAAUUGUUUAAUUUUACAAAUAAAUGUCAGCAAGAUAUUAGAAUUUCAUUAACAUUUCUGGAUCAUUAAAACGAAUUAAAACAAAGGUGGAAGAUGGCCGAAGUGGACGUGAACGUGCCAGGAAACUGGAUGGCACGACAGCUACGUCUCAUCAACGACGACAGCAGAGAGCUGUUCCCCAAGACGGCGGGGUCGGUGAGGUCUCGCAGCAAGUUCAACUCCCUCUACAUGGUCGACUACCCAGAUCCGCCCUACGGUGCCAUUUACCAAAGAAUCGAGGAUAAGAAACAGCUAGAUUUCAUUCAGAAGAACAGGGAGACCAUAGCGGACGUGCUGUUUGGAGGCACUACCAGGGAAUUUGGCCAGAUGUUUGAAAAGUGGAGAGUUCCAGAAGAGUUCUUAGACACCGACGUUGCUGCGCCGGCGUCUCCACGGUCUAAAACUCCAAGAGUCCUCGGGAAGACAGCUUUGCCUCGGAUUCAGCCGAACGACUGUGCGAGACCGAGUGGUUCGGUCAGCGCUCGCCUGCCUAAGAAAUCCUCUUUUUCCAAGAGCAGGACACCACGACUUCCGGUGAGCUCGGCGCCUCAAGAUCGACAAGUAUUCAACGAUACACAGCCGGCAGGAAACUGGUUUCAGAAAUCGCCACACGUUGACCGCGCAGUUAUAGAAGAGAUCAUGCGACUACAACAGAGGAAAAACCUGACCGAGCACACUUGGAAAAGGUCGUUUAAACCGGAUGCUAAACUUUCUGUCGAGAAGUGGCUACAAACAGCAAGUGAACAAGAACGGAAAGUUGCCCUGAAUUUCUUCACAUCUCUGGCUGCCAGUUCGCAGUUGGGGCCCACUAUAGACGCACCAGGAUCUCGACUCCAGCAAGCCAUAAAUACACUCAGAAGAUCCAAGACUUCCCUCUCGCCUACUGGCCCUCAAGACCGAGAUGACAUCUCGCCGUCUCGCCUGCAGUACAUUCACCUUCUGGAACCCCAGGAGCGCGCCAACCGCUGGCAGUACACCACGUGGCACCACCAGCCCGAGUACAGACAGCUUGAUCGCGUCAACAAUUGGAGCUCCCACUACACACGUCCUCACGCCCCGCCCCCUCGCCACUUCGUCAUUCACCCGGACUGGGGUUGAACCUUUUGGCGCGUUCAGAAUCUUCAAGAUAACAUCUAGAUAUCAUCUGAUAGAUUCUAAAGCUGGAAACCUAAUAAAUAACAUUUAUUUACAUAUUUGAUUAUGAAUAUAAUUAUGUAUUUUUAACUGGACAAAAUCAGUAUUAGACAUUUGUAAAUAUAAUUUAUAUUUGUAAGUUUUAUUUAUUGGGUUUUAUUUGUUUUGUUCCUUUACACGUGUAGAUGCUUAAUUACUCUAUACUGACGUACUUUGAAUUUUCUAUAUAUUUUUUCGACACACUGUAUAAAAAGAGGAAACCCGUUUAAGUGAAAUAAACCACCAUUUUAAAAACUAA